AUGAAGCUUGACCCGAAGGCGAUUCGCUAUCUUACCUCGGAAGAUUUCCGUGUGCUCGCAGCAGUCGAACAAGGUAGCAAGAACCAUGAAGUUGUACCGACUCCCUUGAUCGCACAGAUCUCUGGUCUACGAGGCGGUAGCGGCGUCAACCGUGCCAUCUCGAAUUUGGCAAAGACCAACCUCAUCGCGAAGGUGAAGAACGCCAAGUAUGAUGGUUACCGACUUACCUAUGGCGGACUCGAUUACCUGGCCCUCAAUGCCCAUCAGAAACAAAAGUGCAUUUACUCCGUCGGUAACCAGAUCGGGGUCGGAAAGGAAUCAGACAUUAUAGUCGUUGCGAACCACGAAGGGACACAACGGAUUCUGAAGAUCCAUCGACUCGGUCGUAUCUCGUUCCGAACUGUAAAGACCAACCGAGACUACCUGCGGAACCGAAGCACAGGAUCAUGGAUGUAUAUGUCGCGCCUGGCCGCGAUCAAGGAAUUCGCCUUCAUGAAAGCGCUACGGGAGAACGGCUUCUCGGUACCAGAGCCGAUCGCGCAGAACAGACACACGAUUGUAAUGAGUUUGAUCGAUGCCUUUCCACUCCGACAGAUUUCGAAGGUCCCAAAACCAGCCCUCCUUUACGCUGAGUUAAUGGAUACAAUCAUGCGAUUGGCCCGCUAUGGCCUGAUUCAUGGUGACUUCAACGAGUUUAACAUUCUCAUCAAGGAGGAAGUGAAUCCGGAAGCAAAGGGGAAAGGACGUGAAGGAGAAGAUGACGACGAAAACCUCAAAUUGACCCCAGUGAUCAUUGAUUUCCCACAAAUGGUAUCUGUCGACCAUCCAAACGCCGAAAUGUACUUUGACCGCGACGUGAACUGUAUCAAGCGCUACUUUCAGCGAAAAUUCCACUUCGUCAGUGAUGUACCGGGACCUUUCUUCGCUGAUGCCAAGAAGCAGUUAAAGAAAAAUCCAGGCAAACGGCUCGAUGUUGAGGUUGAGGCUUCAGGUUUCUCAAGAAAAAUGGCACGCGAGCUUGAGAAGUAUAUGAAGGAGGUUGGCGUUGAUGGGGACAAUGGGGAAGCUGAUAAGGAAGGUGCCGAGAGUGACAAUGAAGAUGGUUCAGGCUCAGAAGAUGACACUGCAGGUCAGAGCGAGACAGAUACAAAAGAGGAAAACUCGAAUCGCUCACUUGAAGAGAGUUCUCAGAAACUCGAACAGUUGCAUGUGUCGUGA